AUGGCGCCAACGCGGUGCCUCGCCCGCGCUAUCACUCUCCGUCUCUCCACCAGGCUACUCUGCGCCCACGCGGCUCGCGCCUUCUCUACCACGACGGGCUCCCGCUCCCAAGUCGCGCCGCCGCCCACCGACGGCCAGACAAAGCGCAAACCGCUUUCAAAAGAACAGCGCGAAUUCCUCUCCUCGGCUCUCCGCGUCAACCAAGCUGGUGAACUCGCCGCCACGCUCAUCUACACGGCCCAAACACCCCCCCUCGUCCGUCGAUACCCGCACCUCCGACCCCUGAUGAAGCACAUGUACGACCAGGAGGCCAGCCACUUAGACACCUUCAAUGCCCUGCUACAUAAGCACCGCGUCCGCCCCACGGCUCUCUACCCGCUCUGGUCCGUCAUGGCCACGGGCUUGGGAUGGACGACCGCCGUCAUGGGCCGUGAGGCUGCCAUGGCCUGUACCGAGGCCGUCGAGACGGAGAUUGGCGACCACUACAACGGCCAGAUCCGCACCUUGCUCGAGAUGAUUUCCGGUUGGGAAGCUGAGGGCUACGAUGCCGGCCCCGAGAUGCAGGAGCUGGUCUCGACGCUGAGGAGGAUACGCGACGAGGAGCUCGAGCAUCUCGACCACGCCGUCGAGCAUGACGCGAAAAAAGCCGAGCCUCAUUGGCUCCUCACAGGCGUCAUAAGAGCAGGCUGUCGCGGGGCCAUAUGGGUGAGCGAGCGUGUAUGA